AUGGACAAAUACGUUAAAAUUCGUCGGAUUGGUGAAGGCUCCUUUGGUAAAGUAAUUCUUGUUCGACACAAAAGGACUAAUAUUAAAUAUGUCAUCAAAGAAAUUAAUAUGUCCGGGAUGGCUGCAAGUGAACGAACAGGAGCUCGUAAAGAGGUCUCUAUGUUGGCCACUCUUAAUCACAGAAAUAUUGUGGCCUACAAAGAAUCAUUUGAAGAGGCUGGCCGGUUGCAUAUUGUGAUGACAUAUUGUGAAGGAGGUGAUCUAUACAGCAAGAUAAAUGAUCAGCGAGGAGUAGAUUUCUCAGAAGAACAGAUUUUGGAUUGGUUUGUUCAGAUAUGCUUGGGGGUAAAACAUAUACAUGACCGGAAGGUGUUACAUCGUGAUAUAAAAUCUCAGAAUAUAUUUUUAACCAAAGAUGGAAUGAUUAAACUUGGAGAUUUUGGGAUAGCCAAGGUGCUCAACAGUACAUGCGAUAUGGCAAAGACAUGUAUUGGCACACCAUUUUACCUUUCUCCAGAGAUUUGUGAGCAACAGCCAUAUAAUAACAAAAGUGACAUCUGGUCAAUGGGUUGUGUGCUGUAUGAAUUGACCAACUUAAGGCAUCCAUUUGAAGCUGGAAACAUGAAAAAUUUGGUUUUAAAAAUUAUAAGAGGGAGUUAUCCUCCUGUUCCAUCCAAAUAUUCCUCUAAUCUCAGAGAUCUAGUUUCAGCUCUUCUAAAACGAUCUCCGAGGGAACGGCCUACAAUUAAUCAGAUUCUGAAGCAACCAUUCCUUUGGCCAAGAAUUAAGAAAUUUUUAACUGAAAAUGAAUAUUCUGAUGAAUUCAGUCAUACUGUCCUUCAUGGUUUGGCCUGUCGUCCAAUAUCUGCUUCUCCUCGGCCAUCAUCAGCAAAACCUUUACAUGCUGCUAAUAAAAGGCCCAAUGCUAAAUAUGACCCAGCUCUCAUCUAUGGACGUAAAUCUGUUGAAAGACCCACAAGUGGAAAAAAGAAAAAAAUAGAUGUUGAAAAACAAAAGCAAGAGAGAGAACAAAGAAUACAAUUACCGGUGAAGAAGAAAGCAAAUGAGGGCAAUGUUUCUCGGUCUGUAGGACAAUACAAGAAAUAUCAUGAUGUCCUAGAUAAAAUGAAUAAAGUCCGAGAAAUGAGGGAAAAAGGUGUCUCACUAAAUCAAGCUCACUAUUUGAACCAAGCACGACACAACCCUUUAGCCAUUAUGGCUCGUAAUAAUCCUGCAAGUAGACCAACUCAUGCCAGACAAGCAGCUGUGUCCAGAGCCAGUGCUGCUAGGAAAGAAGCAGCUCAUGCAGCUGAUCAAGGCAAAAUCGUAUCUGAUUUUCUUCAACGCAAAGCAGAAGCUGCAAGAAACAAGGCAAAAGCUGAAGCAGAAAUGUUAGGAGUAGUACCACAGCAAACGCCUAAGGCAUAUGAAGCAAGAAGUCGUCCUUUUAUGUAUGGACCACUAGCAAAAGACAAAACCCAGCAAGAAAAGAAAUACCUCUAUUUCCUGCAAAAGAUUGCUCAACAAAACUUUGAAGAGAGACAAAGAUUACGGUUCUUUAAGGAGAACAAACAAAUCCAACAAGAAUCAAAUAUACAAAAGCCAAAGAAAUCUGUUACUCAACUUCUCAAAGACAUUGGUGUUAAAGAUGAUGAAUCUCAGAAUAAUGAAAACAUUGAAGCAAAUGCAAAAGGAGAUGGAGAGAUUUAUAGGAAUAAAGAGCCAAUUGAAAAAAAACCAGAAGAUUCAUCUGCAACAUCAGCAGACGAUGCUGGCCCCAGCCGCUCUCGCUGGAGUCAGAAGGAAAGUAUUCAUUUGGAAGAUCUUCCACUUCAAGAUACACUUGCAGAUUCUGUUGAAAGGACAUCAGCUAUUCAGUCUCGACAAAAAUGGAAACCUUCUGGAGACUCUUUAAUAAAUGUGCUACAGAAUAAAUCCUUAUUACUGCCAACUUUAGCCACCACUCCUGAGGUGAAAGAAUUAAAUCCUAACCAGGUUCCUCCUAGCCAGUCCACAGAAAUGGCUAAGGAUGAUAAUUUAGAAAGCAACAAGACUGUGGAUAUUGAUAACAAACCAGAAGACACAAGCCAGUCCAAUAUUAAUAAUAACACUGGAUUAAGUGUGGUACAAGAGGAAGAACCUGAGCCUUCAGAUGACCUUCCCCAGGCACAAAGCUUCUGGGUUUCAUGUGAGGAGACUCAGGACAAAGAAAACAAAGCUAAAUCAGUCUCAAAGCAAGUGGACACUAAUCUGGAUAAAGUUGGAAUAUGUGAUGACAAUCAUAAACAGAAUGUGCCAGCCAUGAAGAUUUGGGCCCAUAGCCCAAAGAUAAUAAAUGAAGGAACCUUUGUUCUUGGUCAGUCACCAGAGAAUGUUCCAAAAGAUAUUAUCCGCAGAAACAGAGAAUUAGAAGCUGAAGAGAAUGCCAAUAACAUCAGCGGUGAAGAAGAUGGAGAAGAAAAAGAAGCAUUAGACAUAAAGAGGAAACUGAAUACAGAUAAUCUCUGUUUGUCUAUACCUCGAAGUUGUUCAAGCCCUAACCUGGUCCAAGAAAAUAAUGAAGUAUCUACUGAAAAGCUUAUUAAAACACGAUCUGUGCCAGACCUGACAAGUAUUUUCAAAACUGCCCUCAGUUAUCCAGAUCUUGAAGUGGAGUUAUCCAUAGAAGAACUUGAAAAGAUAAGCAUCAAAGAAAUUCUUGAACAAGGCUAUUCUCCAAAAAGAUUAUCGGCCAUGUCAAGUGAAUAUGAACCAAGUCUUGAAGAAACUGAUGAACUCAGUUUAGUAAAGGAGUCCAUGAAGGAUUUAUUAAGCAAGAGUGACAGCAGUGAUGACAAUGAAGAAGAUAUCCUUAGUUCUGUUAGUGAAGCAACUGAUCCUGACGCAAAAACAGAAGAAAACACAGGAAAAGCAUCAAAAUCUCCGGAAGGCAAAAUCCAUCACUCAUCUUCUGAAUAUGCCAUCUACCUUUCAGCUCUGAACAACAAUGGGGAUGAUAACUCUGACGAAGAGGAAGUGACUGACAAUAAAUUUUCAUGUUUGGAAGAGCAACGUGCAAAAUUGGAAGAACUUGUGGGAACAGAACUGCUGAAAAAAGUUUAUUGGACAGCACAUAACCACCUACAAAAGGAAGACCUCCAAGAUGAUGUUAUCAUCAAGAUGCUGGGAGAGAAAUCUGUCUUUUAUCCACGUAUUGUUCAACUUGUAAUAGCUGAUACAGCCUUCUCAAAUGAUGAUUGA